UGGAUACAAAUAGUAGAGAAAAUAUAUAGGUUAUUUUAACAGAUAAUACACUGAUGAAGGAAGUUUUAACUCUUAAAAAACAAAUAGUUAAGUGUCAUUGGUUUUUUUAGCUAAUCAAGAAUAAAAACAAUGUUAAAAUUAAAUUAAUAUUCAUGCAUUGUAUAGACACAGGACAAGGUUUUUAUGUUUGGCUAAUUAAAACCACCUUUCAUUUAUUAUCACUGUUUACUGACACAAAUAAAAUUUUAAUGACGAAUUGUACUAAGCUGGUGAUAUAUGUCCUUUAUAAAAUAUAUUAUUUUGAAAACUUUCUAGCAAAUCAAAUUACCAAUCAGUAUCAUAUGUGGUAACCAGUAUGUUGUUUAUUUCACAGAGAAAGACUCUCCCCGAGCUAUAUGAACUUGUCAAUCAGGAUCAUAUGUGGUAACCGGUAUGAUGUCUAUUUCAUAGAGAAAGACUCUCCCCGAGCUGUAUGAACUGGUCAGUCAGGAUCAUAUGUGGUAACCGGUAUGAUGUUUAUUUCACAGAGAAAGACUCUCCCCGAGCUGUAUGAACUUGUCAAUCAGUAUCAUAUGUGGUAACCGGUAUGAUGUUUAUUUCACAGAGAAAGACUCUUCUCAAGCUGUAUGAACUGGUCAACAAGUACGAGCCUGAUCUGUUGUGGUCUGAUGGGAACUGGAUGGGUCCUGACUGGUAUUGGAACUCUACAAUCUUCUUGGCCUGGCUCUAUAAUGAAAGCCCAGUAAAGGACAAAGUUAUUGUAAAUGAUCGGUGGGGAUACAAUACACGCUGUCAACAUGGUGGUUUCUGGGACUGUACUGACAAGUUCAAUUCUGGCAAACUGAUGCCUCAUAAAUGGGAGGAUUGUACGACUUUUGAUAAACAAUCCUGGGGAUACAGACGCACUGCAACUGUGGAUGAACUUUAUUCAAUAAAGGAACUCAUUGCCUUGCUUAUUGAAGUUAUAUCUUUUGGCGGGAACCUUCUGGUGAAUGUGGGUCCCACAUCCUAUGGAACAAUUGCACCAAUCUACGAGGAGCGACUCCGACAAAUGGGAUCAUGGCUGGGUGUGAACGGUGAUGCUAUGUACGCCACCAAGCCUUGGAAAAAUCAAAACGACUCCAUGACACCCGGGGUGUGGUACACUAGCAAGGCUGGGACGUCUGGAACUGACGUCUAUGCCAUCACUCUAAAGGGGCCAUCUUCAGUCCUUACUCUGGCAGAUCCUGUGGUUUCCAGUGAUACAACAGUCAGUCUCCUUGGAUACUCUGGAAGUCUAAAAUACAAGCCGGGAGUGGCUGGUGGAAUUGAGUUUGUUGCACCUGGUUUAAAUAUAGAGGACAUUCCUUUUCUGUGGGCGUGGACAUUUAAAAUGACGGGCCUGAAAAAUGCAUAAAUAAAACUGGGUUUUUUAUUAUCCUUUUAUGAACAUUAUACCAUUACAACCAUAUUAUUCCAGAAAGAACAAAUUUAGUUUUAAUUGGUAUAGUUAUGAAAGAAAGAAAGAAAGAAAUGUU